AUGCUCUCGCUGAUCCUCUUCGCCAUACUGGGGGGGUCGCGGGCCGACUACCGGAGAUUCUCAGUGAGGGUGCAGAGGACGGUGACGGUGCAGGAGGGCCUGUGUGUGCUCGUGUCCUGCACCGUCUCCUACCCUCGCCAGCAGUGGACCGACGAUACCCCAGCUUACGGCUACUGGUUCGAAUACCAGCCCAUCAUGACCACUGAUCUUCCAGUGGCCACAAACAACCAGUCUCAGAAUGUGCGAACAGAUGCCCGGGGCCGAUUCGAGCUUGUGGGCAGUCCCCAAAACGGGACCUGUUCCUUGCUAAUCAGGGACGCACAGAUGAGUGACAGGGCAACCUAUUUCUUUCGGAUCGAGAGAGGCACUUUCGUGCGAUAUAAUUUCAAGGAAGACGUGUUCUCUCUGAAUGUGAUAGCCCUGACACGGAAGCCAGAUGUCUACGUCCCAGAGACCCUGGAGCCUGGGCAGCAGGUGAAAGCCAUCUGUGUGUUCGACUCGGACUUUGAGCGAUGUCCAGCUCCCACUUUCUCCUGGAUGGGGGCUGCCCUCUCCUCCCAAGAGACGAGACUGACGACCUCCCACGUCUCUGUGCUCACCCUCACGCCGAGACCCCAGGACCAUGGCACUGACCUCACCUGCCGAGUGGACUUCUCCAGACAGGGUGUGAGCGCCAAAAACACUGUCCAGCUCAACGUGGCCUAUGCCCCCCAAGGCCUGAAUAUCAGCAUUUCCAAAGCCAAGGGAUCAGCCCUGGAGCCGCAGGGAGACGGGCCACGUCUGGAAGCCCAGAAGGGCCAGUUCCUGCGGAUGCUCUGUGCUGCGGACAGCAGACCCCCCGCCACCCUGAGCUGGGCCCUGGAGGACAGAGUUGUCUCUUGGUCCCGGCCCUCGGGCUCUGGAGGCCUGGAGCUGGUGCUGCCGGAGGUGACGCCUGGGGACGCGGGGCGCUACACCUGCCGAGCGGAGAACAGGCUCGGCUUCCUAAACCGCACCCUGAACCUCUCCGUGCAGUAUGCCCCAGAGCACCUGAGGGUGGUGGUCUCCCAAGCAAACAGGACAGUCACAGAAAACCUCGGGAACGGCACGCCCCUCCCAGUCCUGGAGGGCCAAAACCUGCAUCUGCUCUGUGUCGCCCACAGCAACCCCCCCGCCUCGCUGAGCUGGGCCCGGGGGGGACAGACUCUGCAACCCUCCCAGCCCUCAGACCUGGGGGUCCUGGAGCUGCCUCAGAUACAGAGGGAGCACGAAGGAGAAUUCACCUGCCAUGCUCAGAACCCGCUGGGCUCCCAGCAUGUCUCCCUGAGCCUCUCGGUGGUCUACCCCCCACAGCUGCUGGGACCCUCCUGCUCCUGGGAGGACGCGAGGCUGCACUGCAGCUGCUCCUCCCAUGCCCGGCCGGCCCCCUCCCUGCGCUGGAGGCUGGGGGAGCAGCUGCUGGAGGGGAACCUCAGCAACGCCUCCCUCACCGUCACCUCCAGCUCAGUGGGGCCCUGGGCCAACAGCUCCCUGAGCCUCAGAGGGCAGCUCUGCUCUGACCUCAGACUCAGCUGCGAGGCCCAGAAUGUCCUCGGGGCCCCGAGCGCCACUGUCCUGCUGCUGCCAGAUCAGAAGGCGGCCUUCACAGGGGCGUUUUCUAACGGAGCCAUCCUGGGCGCUGGCGUCUCUGCCCUUUGCUUCUGCCUCUGCCUCAUCGUGGUCAUCACGAAGACUCUGAGGAAGAAGCAGAGCCAAGUGGAGACUGGGACCCAGGCGGAGACUCAGAGGCCCAGGCCCACGAGGAGGAGCACGAUCCUGGAUUACGUCAACGUGGUGCCCGGCACCCGACACCUGGCUCGGAGUUGGAAGGCCAAACGGGAGAGUCCGUCCCAGACCCCACCCGCAGAUGUCAACUCCCUGCAACCCAAGGACAACCAGAAGCGACGCCACGUGUCCCAUGGCAGUCCGGGACCCAGGCCGUCCCGUCAAGUCCCAGAAUCGAAGAACGAGCAAGACGAGAUCCAUUACGCCGCCCUCGACUUCCCAGGCCUCAGACCGUGGGAGAUCCAGGAGUCCCAGGAAACCAACUCGGAAUACGCAGAAAUCAGGUUCCACUGAGAGUCCACGGGGCUGUAGGAUGACAUCCAGGUACAGAGCCGAGCAGGGCCCUCGAGAGACACGGAAAAGGGCAAAGCCCCUCCCUCUCCCCCUCUCCCCAUCUCCUCCUCUAAGGG